AUGGGCGAAUACUCUGACGCAAGCGCAGUGGGUUUCAACAAGACGGCUGUGAUGACCGUUAUAAGACAGCUGACGGCCGGACAGCGCCAGACUCUGCUGGAGGAAUCCGGAGUGAGCAGUCUUGAGGAGUUGGAGUCGCUGCUCCGCCAACACACGAUGCGGGUGGAGAACUACGAGCAACCGUACAUGCAGUACGCCGAGUUCCGGAUGAGCAAGUUUCUGCUGCUGUACGUCCCGCCAAUCUUGAUCAUUAUCGGGACGUUCGGAAACAUGUUCGCGUUUCUCGUUCUCAGGCGGAGGUCGAUGAUAAAAGUGUCCACCUACUUCUACCUGGCCUGCUUGGCCGUCGCGGACCUGUUCGUCCUGUACGUUGGAUUACUGCGGAUGUGGAUCGGGGAGCUGACGGGAAUGGAUCUGCAGAACCAGGCGAUGUGGCUGUGCAAGCUGACCGUCAUUCUCGGAUACAUCGCCAGCGACACCGCCGUGUGGAUUAUCAUGGCGGUGACGGUGGAGAGGUUCAUUGUCGUCUGCUACCCGUUCAAAGCCAACCAGAUGUGCAACGUUCUGAGAGCCAAGAAGGUCAUUCUCGGGCUCGUGCUGCUGAUGUUCGCCAUCAACCUGCACUUCCUCUGGACGGUGGAGUCCGUCGAGGAAAUGAUUGAUGGUCGAAACGUGGUCUACUGCCGCGCCGUGGAACCGUACAGCGCCUUGGUCAACGAAGCUUGGCCGUGGGUGGACGCGUGCAUAUAUUCCUUCCUGCCGUUUGUAUUCAUUAUUAUGUUGAAUAUCAUGAUCAUUAACCAGGUGGUGAAGGCCCACAACAGCCGAGAGAGGAUGCAGGGCGUUUCUGAAAGACAGAAGCUGGAUGGACGGCGCCAGAGCACUGAAGGAACCAAACUGACCAUCAUGCUUCUGACGGUGUCUUUCAGUUUUCUCAUAACGACUCUACCCAUGAAUGUGUCUCUCAUCGUGACGACAUUCUGGAACCAGAUGUUGCACGAUCCACACAAGGUGGCAAAGUUCACUUUGGUGAAAUCUAUAACUGAACUCCUUAUGUACGUCAAUCAUUCCAUGAACUUCUUUCUAUACUGCGCGACGGGAAAAAAAUUUCGACAACAGAUUAUGCGUCUUUUGUGUCAAAGGGAAUCGCGAACUACGUGGUUGUCCAUGACGGAUAACAGCCCCAAAGCAAAACAAGGUAUUCAAAAUAACAAAGAUGAUGGAAUUCUGUGCUUUAGUAAAUCUGAAGUUACGUGUGUCUAA